AUGCAUGUGCAUAUCCUGGGUGUUGGUGCGGUGGGCACGCUUAUAGCGACGCACCUGCGCGCCGCCGUGCGGCAGGGAUUGAUGAUGCGUGCAUUUCCGCCUCGAUCGCCAGUGCGAUCGGCUGUGGCUGCGCACCUCCCUGAUGCAGCGAAGACCACGAUAACGCUACACAUGCGUGAAAAAGCGUUUGCGCGCUCAUCGCCCGUGUUUCGAGAGCUCCGGGUGAAUCAUGAUGGCGCGUGCAUGUCUGAGAGAGGAUAUGCCGUAGAGCUGGUCUCGCCUAUCGAUCCAGCGCAGCCACAAGUGCUCUUGCCUGACAAGGACGGCAUGGCGAGAGAAUGGCCAGGAGCAGAGCCAUACCCUCUGGACAGUCUCAUUAUUAUGACCAAGGCAGAUGCUACCUAUGCUGCUAUUCGAUCGCUUGUACCGCGCAUUGCGCCGUCAACGACCAUCGUUCUACUCCAGAACGGCAUGGGCGUGCUAGAUAUGUUGUUGGAACGGCUUUGGCCUCAGCCCCACUCACGCCCGCACUUUGUACUCGCAAGCACCACGCACGGAUGCUAUCUCAAAAAGCCUCUGCACGCUGUGCAUGCCGGCUUCGGUAGUAUUCAUUUGGGUAUCGUGCCGAGUCUUCGCCUCCGGGGCUUGGAGUCUCGGUCGGGCGAGUUGGAUUGGCACGCUCUUCCGGAAGAUUCACUUCGGCAGACGCUAGCUUUGCUGUUAUCUCUGCCUUUGGAUGUGCAUUGGGAACCUAUUCGGUCGUAUCAGCUGCGUGUGCUUCGCAAGCUGGCCAUCAACGCAUGUAUUAAUCCCACGACAGCCCUAGUGGAUUGCAAGAAUGGUGACUUGUUUGGUACACCAGCUGCCCUCGAACUGUUUCGUGUGCUCUGCACAGAAAUGAGCCAAGUGCUGGAGGCAUAUGCGCGCGAUGCAAAGGCGGCGGAAAGCUCGAAUGAGACGGAGGCAGCGCAUCUCAGCUCACUGCCCUUGGCGGAUCUGUUGACACAAACAGACAGCGAAGGUCUUCCGCUUCUUGAUGCGUCACUGAAGCCUGCCUCAUUGUUGCACGAAGUCGAAAAUGUCGUGCGUGCAACAGCUUCGAAUUGGAGCAGUAUGCACCAGGACAUCAAGACGCGGCGGGGCAAGACAGAGAUUGACUUUAUCAACGGAUACAUUACAGAGCUAGGCCGGGCUUAUGGCAUCCCUACGCCGGCCAACGACAUGAUGACCAAUCUCAUCAAACUCAAGGCACAGCGUGUGACGGGCUCGUGGAACGCGAAUGCCAUGUAA